CACCGCUCCCGGGUCAGCUCCGUGUCAGCGCCCUUACCGAUCCCGGAGAGAGUGGCACUGCCGAGGUUUUCAAAGCUUGUUGUAUUCGGUCCACAGGAGGAGAGAGUGGGUAUGACCGGAGGAGGUUUUACGGACGUGAAUGUGGAGGGAAGUUGACAAUUGGCGCAUUAGAAGACACGUUUUUGGAGUUUACGCUGAACGCAGAAGACGCAUAAACUCGGAGCUCCUGCGCAAAAGCGAAGUGUUUGGACGUUGCCGCCGCCAGACCUGCGUUUCAGGUCCGUCCAGGUGAGCGCUGAGGGGGGCGGGGCUCUUCCUGUUUGGGAGGAUUUCCGUGAGAGCGCGCAGGGCCAUACAUACACAGAGAGCAGUGGAGACCCAGAGAUACGAGUGGGAGUGCCCGACGUGAAACUUACACUAAGGACUCUAUGGCAUAAAUCUGCUGCGUGGAUUCAGCUGGUGCUCCGCUCCUGACGCCCUGUCGCCAUUUUCCACAGCCCCCGAGAGAAGAGGGAGAGGAGGGAGGAGGCUCAGGCCAUGCCCGCCCUGUCCACCACCAUGGGCCACGAACCAGGCCUGUAUGAACUGUUGGCAGCUCUGCCCUCACAGCUGCAGCCUCAUGUGAGCCGGCCGGAGGACAGCAGCUUCCUCCAGAACAUGUUCAGAGAGAGGAGUCUGCACUCACUCAUCAAGAUCCACACUCGACUCCAGCUGUACGAGGAGAUCCGACCCCUGCCCGCCGUGAAGAGUGUGUCCUCUCUCGUCUCCCAGCUGUCUGAGGAGCUCCAGGGGAAGACGUCCAACGCAGAGAUCAAAGAGCUGCUGGCGCUGCUGUCCAAGCCCCAUGUGAAGAGCCUCCUCUCAGUCCACGACACUGUGGCCCAGAAGAAUUACGACCCCGAACUACCUCCACUGCCCGACGACCUGGACGACGACGAGGAUUCGGUCAAGAUCAUCCGCCUGGUCAAGAACAAGGAGCCUCUGGGAGCCACAAUCAGACGAGAUGACCACACAGGAGCCAUACUCAUCGCUCGGAUCAUGAGAGGAGGAGCAGCCGAUAGAAGUGGUCUGAUCCAUGUAGGAGACGAACUCAAGGAGGUCAAUGGAAUCCCAGUGGAGGACAAGAAGCCUGAGGAGAUCAUUCGUAUUCUGGCUCAGUCCCAAGGAGCCAUCACCUUUAAGGUCGUCCCUGGAUCCAAGGACGAAGCUCCGGUCAAAGAGCCUAAGGUCUUCAUGAAGGCCCUCUUUGACUACAACCCGCUGGACGACAAAGCCAUCCCAUGUAAAGAGGCGGGCCUGGCGUUCAAGAAAGGCGCCAUUCUGCACAUCGUGAGCCAAGACGACCCGACCUGGUGGCAGGCCAAGCACCAGGGCGAAGCGAACCCCCGCGCCGGCCUCAUCCCCUCCAAACAGUUCCAGGAGAGGAGGUUCGCAGUGAGGCAGCCCGUGUCCACGCUCCCGUCCACUCUGCGCAGCUCCACCCGCCGACCAUCGGGCUUCAGGAGGAGCUUCCGUCUGAGCAGGAGAGACAAGAAGACCAACAAGUCUAUGUACGAGUGCAAGAAGAGCGAGCUGUACGACACGGCCGACGUGCCCACCUACGAGGAGAUGACGCAGUACCACAGGCAGCCCGGGGCCAAGCACAGACUGGUGGUGCUCGUGGGUCCCACUGGAGUCGGGAUGAACGCUCUGAAGAGGAAGCUGAUCAUCUCAGACCCUCAGCACUUCAGCGUCACCAUCCCUCACACGAGCCGGCCCAAGAAGAACCAGGAGAGCGACGGAGUAGAGUACCACUUCAUCGCCAAGCACCUUUUCGAGACCGACAUCCACAAUAACAAGUUUAUCGAGUAUGGAGAGUACAAGGGAAACUACUACGGGACCAGCCUGGACUCCAUCCGCUCCGUCCUGGCCAAGAACAAAGUGUGCCUCAUCGACAUCCAGCCCCAUUCGAUAAAACACCUGAGGACAGCAGAGUUUAAGCCCUUCGUGGUGUUCAUCAAACCUCCGUCUGUGGAGAGGCUGAGGGAGACCAGGCAGAACGCCAAGUUCAUCUCCGGGAAAGACGACAAGGCCAACGGCAGGACCUUCACUGAGGAUGACUUCCAGGAGAUGGUCCAGACCGCCCAGCUCAUGGAGGCCCAGUACGGACACCUGUUUGAGAAGGUGAUCGUGAACGACGACCUCUCCGCCGCCUUCAGCGAGCUGCGUCUGGCUCUGCAGCGCAUCGAGACCGAAGAGCACUGGGUCCCCGUCAGCUGGACUCACUCCUGAACCCCGCAAACCCUUAACGACAAAACUGUACGCAGGAUCUGGACUCGCAUCACUACGCCGUCCGACUAAAGGGAAUAGACAAACUGUAGACCGGAUCAUUGGUUAGUCCUGGUUCAGAUCUGGGACUUCCCGGGUCAGAAUCUGGAUUUGUUUAGUCAGUAGUACAAAGUGGAACCGGCCUGGACUGUCAAAGUAUGGACGAUGACUGUGCCAGAACUUUCACUGUGACGCCAAGUUGUGUUUAUGCGUUCAGACCACUAGAAACCAAAGGGGGAUUGAUCGAUUUCUUCUCUGUAACAUAACACAAGUCUUAAAGGGAAAACGGGCAGCAAUGAAAUCACUCUAACUUCCAAACUUGGUCUUCCAAACUAAAUAUCGUCAGGUACAAAUAAAAAAGGGCAUUGACUGUUUCUAUUUAAGACAAAUUAAUAUAUUUUUGAAUCGUUUUUUUAGAUCUCUUCCUCUGUAGUGGCGUUUGACACAAGCUCGCUCUGCUGCAGUGUUUUCAGUUCAUCUCAUCGAGUUUUGAUUCUGCAGAUGUGGGUAGAGUAGCCAAAAAUUGUACUCAAGUAAGAGUAACGUUGUUUCAGAAUAAUAUUACUGAAGUGCAAAGCAGUAGUUUAAGUGAGAGUAGAAAAGUAUUUGGGAAAACGUAAAAUGUAAGUGUCAGGAAGUUUAUAAGUUGGAGUUGAGGUAAUUUCAAGGACAAAACAUUAAAGGUGGACUAUGUAACUUUUUGGUUGGGGGUCCAUCACUUGUUUGUUUCUAUGGAUACGCCAUUGCUCUGCCUGGAAUGUUCCGUAGUAUGAUUUUAAACAUCUCUACUUUACGUACAAGUGGUUUUAUUGCUCAAAAUACCUACAAAAACAAACAUUCUGACUGUGAGCGGCAUCGCCUCUCCACAGAUCUGACCUGUAACUUGCUCAGGUUUGGUCUCCAUGACGAUAGAAAGGUUUAAUGCCAUACUGUGGAACAUUCCAGACAAAGCAAAACAUCCUUACGGAGAAAAUAUUUGAUGGACCCUUCACCAGAAAAAAUACACAAUGCACUUUUAAUUAAUUCGCAAAAUCAGGUAUUUUCAAGGAUAGAAACAAAAAAGAAAAAUACUAAAUUACAUCUAAAAAAGCAGAAUAAGAAACAUAAAGUCAACAUUAAGGUUUUGUGACUUGUAGACUGACUCACCGUGGAAAAAGUCAAGUUGGAGUAAAAGUGUUCUGCUAAAAAAAAGUACAAUUUCUUUAAAAAGUUACUCAAGUACUACCCACCUCUGCAAGUUGAAGUGCCCAGCAUAACUCGUAAAAGUCCCUCCGAAGCGGUGGCCAGGAGAAAAAGUUCACAAUAGUGUUUUAUGAGGGAGUGGUCGCUAAUAGAGACCGGUCAUUCGCUCUAGAUCCCACUUUCGAGAAAUACUAAGUAGCCGUUGGAUCUUUAUGAGUUAUGAGUUUAUAGCUAACGUGAGACUCCAGCCGAACUGUGUCAUGUCUCACUGUUUCAUAAUUUUGUAGCCCGGCCUGUGCACUACGAGGUUUCGUUUUGUAUUAAAGGUACACCGUGUAACUUUUCUACUUGCUUGUCUCCAUGGAGAUGUUAUUGCUUCGUUUGGAAUGUUCAGCAGUAUGGCAUGAAACUGUCUGUUCUCGUGGAGUAAGUAGGUCACGCUACAAGUCAGAUCUGUGGAAUGGCGAGCCUCUUAACCAGAGCUUUUUGUAACAUACCACAAGUCUUAAAGAUGCGUUGUGUAAUUUUUUUCUAGUGAAGGGUCUGCCACAUGCUUUUCUCCAUGGUUUGUCUGAAAUGUUUGUCUUCUAUCACCAUGAAGAACAAACUAGACCAAACAAGGUUGCAUUCACACUGCAGCCUGAAGUGACCCAAAUCCGAUUUUUUGGCCCCUAUGGGACCUGUAUCUGAUCUUUUAAUGACAGUCUGAAUGACACAGAUCCGAUUUUUUCAAAUGCGACCCAGGACACUUGGAUAUGUGCUCCUGAAACUGAUACAUAUCUGAUCUUUUGACAUGUGACUUCAGUGUGAACGGCCAAAGCUCAUUCAUCCACCUACACGUUAUCAACAAGACACAAACGUCACUAUUCUGGACUGAAGUAGGCGAAAAUUGUUAAUGAACUCUGUGUCACUGAAGUGAAGCACAUCACCACUCACCACUCUUGGCUACACAUCCACACGUUCCUUUCAACGGACGUCGCUGCCGCUGUCCCACAAAACACCACGGCCAAAAACCUCAUCCUUCUCCUUCUCAACCUCCUCCUUAAAACAAGUAAGUUGUUCAUGUUCUGGCUCCAGUACAAGGUACUUUAAAAUCUCCAGGUGCUCAAUGCUCGCGUCCAUGUUUGGACAACUUCUGUAAACACAGAGACGCUCGCUGCGGUUGACGUCGUCGUGUCUCCAGUGCACAUGCGGGACACUUUUGGGCUUUUAAUGUUCACACUGGAGUCACAUACAAGUCACAUUUAACUGGAAAUGUGAACGACCUCGCAAAAACAUCAGAUUUCAUAAAAAAAUCGGAAUUGAGCGUUAAGCCCUGCAGUCUGAAUGUAGCCCAUGUUACUGGUCAGAUCUGUGGAGAGUUGACCAUGUUUUCUUAGGUGUUUUUGAGAAAUAAAACCACCUGUAACUGAGUAAAUGUAAAGUAGAGCUUUAACUUCUUGGGUUCUUGGGUUGGGUUUCGGCUGCAUCUUCAGAACUGUCCUCGGUGUUGGUGGUGACGUGUAUCAGCUGUUGUUAUUUCCUGUGGGCGUGGUCAGCCUGAUGGACCCGGCAGGUCGCUCAGACUGACCACGCCUCCUGUCGCCCAGAGAACGCCCACCAGAGAACACCCACCAGAGAAACACCACCAGAGAACACCCACCAGAGAACACCCACCAGAGAACACCCGCCACGUCACCACCAACACGGGGCACAGUUUUGAAGAUGCAGCAGCAGCCGAAACAUGUCAACAAGUUAAAUACACUUUACUGUAUCAUCUUUAAAAAGAACCCAAAAAGUUCAUGUACAUACGAAGACAAAACAUCUUUGGCUUAGUAAGAUAGAGCUGUUUAAUGUCAUAAUGUGGAACAUUCAAAGUAGAGCAGUGACAUAUCCAUAGACAGUGUUGGGAAGGUGACUUUUAAAAUGUAUUCACCUACAGAUUACAGAUUACAUACCCCAAAAUGUAGUUUGUAAUGGAAUCCAUUAAAAUACUUAAGGUGAGUAAUGUAAUCUGAAUACUUUGGAUUACUUGAUUUACUGUAGAGAAGCAAAGACUAGGAUAUCGUAACAUAAGAUGUUUUAUCUGCUAAAAGAAAAUAAAAAGCCCAGACUUUACUUAACCGUAUUAAAAAUAUUAUUGAUAGAAGAGGAGAAGACACGUC